UCUCUACGUAACCCAUGUAUCUUUAAGUGCAAGAAUAUUUCGCCCACUACGCAGUGCAUUGUAUGUGUUUGUAUGAUUGUUUUUGUUAAUUACGACGCAUUAUAUGUUUGAUAACGCGUUUCGAUUUAAUUCACAUAUCAUCAUUUAUUGAUAUGAUUCCAUACACUUUACAUGGGAUAAAUUAAACGAGAAUUUGUAAAAAUACCAUUUCCCAUUUGCAGAUGUGAUCAUUUCAAGUAUUUAUUUUAAAAUGAUAGAUGCCACUUUGAAUCCUUGUAUUAAUUCAAAUGCUUCGCUCGGGAUAGACCAAGCAUGUUUGAGCAUUUUGAAUUUGUAUCUUAAUCCUGUCAUCUUUUAUGCAAUAGCAUGGGAAGCUUAUACGGGUACUGGUUUCCCAAUAACCACUUUAAAUCCAGAGAGUAACACAAGUUUAGUAAUAGACACAAAAUAUCCAUUACACAUAUACUACAAAAGUGUUGAACCAAACAGGACUUACGAGUAUUGUCACUCAACAUACACCUUCAAAGAACAUGGCAGUUAUGGAUGGAAUAUAUCAGCUGCUCAUCUAUGUUCUGAUAUUUAUGUGAUACAUGAACCAGGGAAUCCCUACUUUCCAAUUUUGAUAGCAUUUGCAAUAUACAUGUUAUUAGCAGUUGUAUGGAUAACAUCUAAAAUUAUUAUGCAAAUAAUAAGGAGAAAAUUAUCGUCUAAUAACGUACACGAUGAUUUAGAUAGGCUUCAGGAAGAAAAUCUGACACAUCCAGUAAUAAGAACUACAAAAUUCAGCAGCAGAGUACAAUCAGUAGAUGCAUUCAGAGGAAUUGCAAUAUUAUUGAUGAUAUUUGUCAAUAAUGGAGGAGGAAAAUAUGUUUUCUUCAAUCAUAGUGCAUGGUUUGGACUUUUUGUAGCUGAUUUAGUACUUCCUUGGUUCGCAUGGAUUAUGGGUCUGACUAUAACAAUUUCAAAACGUACAGAACUUCGUUUGACAACAUCACGUGUAAAAAUAGCUUUAUGCGGUCUUCAACGAUCAGCAAAAUUGAUUCUUCUUGGAUUAAUGUUAAAUUCGAUACAUAGUACAUCCUUAAACGAUCUUCGUUUUCCUGGUAUUCUUCAGUUAUUGGCUGUAUCAUAUUUCGUAUGCGCCGUAUUGGAAACAAUCUUCAUGAAACCUCAUUCCCUGGAUAUCUUACUCCAGUUCGGCCGUUUCGUUGUUAUCAGAGAUAUCUUAGAUAGUUGGCCUCAGUGGUUAAUUAUGGCAGGCAUUGUAACUACGCAUACAUUAAUUACCUUCCUUCUUCCGGUACCGAAUUGCCCGACGGGCUACUUUGGACCAGGUGGAAAAUAUCAUUAUCGUGAACAUUAUAUGAAUUGUACUGCUGGCGCAGCUGGUUACAUAGAUAGAUUGAUUUUUGGAAAUCACUUGUAUAAUAAAACAAAUAAUUCUAUUUAUGGUAAAAUUUUACCAUAUGACCCUGAAGGAUUGAUGAACACUAUAUCCGCUAUAUUUAUUGUUUAUUUGGGAGUUCAUGCUGGCAAAAUUUUGUUGUUGUAUUACCAGCCAAAUGCUAGAGUGAUCAGGUGGUUUGUAUGGGCGAUAUUUACGGGUAUUAUUGCUGGAAUCUUAUGCAAUUUUGAAACUCAAGGAGGAGUGAUUCCAGUUAGUAAAAGAAUGAUGACACUAUCGUAUGUUUUGGCUAGUUCUAGUUUAGCUUUCUUAUUGUAUGCACUUUUGUACGUUCUUAUUGAUUAUAAACAGUUAUGGAAUGGAGCUCCAUUUAUUUAUGCUGGGAUAAAUCCAAUUUUUCUUUAUGUGGGUCAUAUUUUGACAAAAGAUUUAUUCCCAUGGGCGUGGAAUAUUGCUCAUCCUUCCCACGCAUCUGUUCUAGCUAUGAACUUGUGGACAACAACUUUAUGGGCAAUAAUUGCGUAUCUUCUUUAUCGAAAUGAUAUUAUUAUAACUGUUUAAAAAUAUUCAAGUUAUUAUAAUGUUUUGAUAUGAAUGAAACAUUUUUAAAAAAUUUUUUUUUAUUAAAACAAAAAAAAACAUAAAAUAACAUUGUGAUAAGGCCUAAUAAGGCGACUAUAAAUUAAGAAGAGAAUGAAUGACAUAUUUGCAUUUGAUAUUAUUAACACUGAUUAACAAAUAAGAAGCAUAAUUAUUUUAGCUUUAAAUAGUUUAAUUGCUGUAUUUAAUUUUUAUAAAUAAAGAUAAUAAAUAAAU